AUGAGGCCAAACCAUGACCGUCUGUCCCUCCGGGUGUGUGAUGAUCACACGCUGCUGGCUCACGUAGCACCGCUUUGUUCCUCCCAAGCCCUUUUGGAUGUCAUAGGUAUUGAAACUAAUGAUGAUGAAGUAGAGUCCCUAUCGGUAAAAAUUAAGGGGAAGGCCAACAAGGCUGACAUCCUCCUGGGAGUCUGCUAUCGUCCACCCAACCAGGAUGAAGAGGUGGACAACUUAUUCUAUAAGCAACUGAACAAUGUUUCAGGAUCAUCAGCCCUUGUUCUUUACAACCUCUGGAAUUUCCUCCCGAAGAACCUUUUUGAGCAAUUUAGAAGAAUUGCCAACUUCUACUUCCUCAUCAUCUUCCUCGUGCAGGUGAUAGUGGACACCCCAACCAGCCCGGUUACCAGUGGCCUCCCGCUCUUCUUUGCCAUCACUGUCACAGCUAUCAAACAGGGGUAUGAGGACUGGUUGAGGCACAGAGCUGACAAUGAAGUGAACAAAAGCAACGUUGUUGUUGAAAAUGCAAAGCAAGUGCGGAAACAGAGUGAAAACAUCAAGGUUGGAGACAUAGUAGAAGUGAAAGCAGAUAAGACCUUCCCCUGUGACUUGAUAUUUUUGGCCUCCAGCAGCACUGAUGGGACCUGUUAUGUCACUACAGCGAGCCUUGAUGGUGAGUCCAAUUUCAAGACUCACUACGUGGUGCGGGACACCACUGUGCUCUGCACUGAUGAAGCCAUCGACACCCUCAUGGCCACAAUCGAGUGUGAACAGCCACAGCCUGACCUCUACAAAUUUGUUGGAAGAAUUAUCAUCUACAGAAGUAACCAAGAGCCCGUAGCCAGGUCUUUGGGUCCUGAAAACCUGUUGUUGAAAGGUGCUACCCUCAAAAAUACCAAGAAGAUUUAUGGAGUUGCAGUCUAUACUGGAAUGGAAACAAAAAUGGCUCUGAACUACCAAGGGAAAUCUCAGAAACGGUCUGCAGUAGAAAAAUCUAUCAAUGCUUUCUUGAUAGUGUAUUUGUGCAUCUUACUGGGCAAGGCCACUGUAUGCACGACUCUGAAAUACGUCUGGCAGAGUAAUCCAUUUAAUGAUGAGCCUUGGUACAAUGAAAAGACUAAAAAAGAGAGAGAGACGUUCAAGGUCUUGCGGAUGUUCACGGACUUCCUGUCGUUUAUGGUCCUCUUCAAUUUUAUUAUCCCUGUCUCCAUGUACGUUACAGUAGAGAUGCAGAAGUUCUUGGGUUCCUUCUUCAUCUCCUGGGACAAAGAGAUGUAUGAUGAAGAAAUACAAGAGGGGGCAUUGGUGAACACCUUGGACCUGAAUGAAGAGCUUGGGCAGGUGGAGUACGUGUUCACAGACAAAACCGGGACGCUGACAGAGAACAGCAUGGAGUUUAUUGAGUGCUGCAUAGACGGGCACAAGUACAAAGACUGCAUUUCAGAGGUGGAUAGCUUCUCCCAGACUGAUGGACCCCUCAAAUACUGUGGCAAAGCUGAAAAGAGCCGCGAGGAGCUGUUCCUGAGAGCCCUCUGCCUGUGCCACACGGUUCAGAUCAAGGAAGCAGACCAGGUGGAUGGGCUGAUGGCACACCCAGAACGCAAAUACACCUACAUCUCCUCUUCCCCAGAUGAAAUUGCUUUGGUGAAAGGUGCAGAAAAGUAUGGUUUCACUUUUCUAGGACUUGAAAAUGAUUUCAUGAAAAUUCAAAACCAAAAGAAUGAAACUGAGAUGUACCAACUUCUCUAUGUGUUGAACUUUGACCCUGUCCGGCGCCGUAUGAGUGUCAUUGUGAGAACCACUACAGGAAAGUUGCUUCUCUUCUGUAAAGGAGCAGACUCCUCUAUUUUUCCAAGAGUGCAGCAAGAAGAAAUCCAACAAACAAAAGUCCACGUGGACCGUAAUGCUAUGGAUGGCUACCGAACGCUCUGUGUGGCCUUCAAAGAACUAACUGAAAAGGAGUAUGACAAAAUUGACAGACAGCUCAAUGAAGCCAAGAUGGCUCUGCAGGACAGGGAGGAGAAGAUGGCCAAGGUUUUUGACGACACAGAAGCAGACAUGCACCUGAUUGGGGCUACUGCUGUAGAAGACAGGCUGCAGGAGCAGCUAGGAGAGACCAUUGAAGCCCUGCAUGCAGCUGGCAUGAAGGUUUGGGUGCUGACAGGAGACAAGAUGGAAACUGCCAAAUCCACCUGCUAUGCCUGCAGGCUCUUCCAGACCAGUACUGAGCUGCUGGAGCUGACGGUGAGAACGGUGUGUGAGAGUGAAAGGACAGAGGAUCAGCUCCAUGAGCUGCUGCUGGAGUACCACAAAAAGCUGAUUCAGGAUGUUCCCAAAAACCAGGGAGGCCUGAAGAGAAGCUGGACAUUGAGUCAAGAAUAUGGACUGAUUAUCGAUGGCUUGAUGCUGUCGCUGAUACUGAACCCCUCUCAGGACUCUGGCUCUAGCAAUUACAAAAGCAUAUUCCUACAGAUCUGCCUGAAGUGCACUGCAGUCCUCUGCUGCCAGAUGGCUCCGCUGCAGAAAGCACAGGUAUUUACCUCUCACUGCCUGAAGCAUGUCACUGGCUGAUGUGACACAUACUGAAUUCAUCAGCUGGGACUUGACCUGAUCAUCCUAAUCAAGCAGGACUUCUCCAGGCUAUGUGUAAGCCUCAUCUGAGCUUCAGAGCACAACAAAAGCACACCAUUCUUUCAAAUCUGAAUGCAAACCCUUUGUUUAAUAUGCUGGCAGGAACCUGUAAACCCAGGCCAAUUAGAAAUAAACAAAACCUCCCAGUUUGCUUUUUUUUUUUCCCUUUCCAAAUUUGUCAACUGGAGUCUGUGACUUCCUCACUCCAGCAGAUGAUGUCCCAGCCUGAUGUGAUGUGUUUUUGCACCCUGAGAUGCGUGAGAGAACCCACCUUUGGGAAAACAGGGUCUGGCAGAAGGGAAGAGCAGGAUGUUGCUGCUGGGGUUUGUUUUGAAAUACUGUCCUUCAACUGUGCACAACUGGAUUGGGGUUUUGCUCUGGUUGUGACUGCAAAGCAAGUAACAAGGGCUUUUAUUAACCUGAACUCUCCAGGUGUUAUAUUGCUGCUGUGAAAGCAUGAUUGCUUGUCCUGGGGGGAGCAGUGGGAAGGUCUCCGGAGGCUUUUUAACUGAAUUUUGGGUUCUGUUGCUGUCUUUUU